UCAUCCCGGACGCACGGCUCUACGGAAACGCUCAGGCUACUUUCGCGCCUAGAAUGUAAAGUUCGCCUGUCAGUUAAAAAAAGCCUCAAGCUGACUUCCACUGUGUUAAAAGUUUUCCGCUCGUUUUCGCUGACCGCGGGUGAACUUAACCAAAGUUCAGCCGAAAACGGCAGCGACGGCGGGGAAACGUCGCACGCUGGCGACCAAUCGCGCCAGCUGAUGGCGAGCUUGCUAACCAAGCUCAAGGUCGGUGUCGGAGGAGGCAGCAGCAGCUCCAGGGCCCCCAGCCCGCCCAGCACCAGCCAGCAGCACCAGCCGCAAGGCCCGGUCGGCCCGCCGCCCAACGAGAGCAACCCCAUCAUGGAGUUCUUCGAGGUCGGCUUCGAGGCAGCCACUGCUGGCCCGGAGCUCAUCUGGCACAUCCAUGAUGCGUACCGCAAGAGCGAUGGAAAGGAGUGCUCCGUCUUCUUCUUCGACAAGCGCGUGGCGGACAAGAUCUACAAGAACAAGCGCAAGGAGACCGUCCUCGACCGGGUCCGCGGCUGCAUCACGCAGCUCGAGAAGAUGAAGCACCCCAGGAUGCUCGAGGUGAUCCACGGCAUCGAGGAGGGGCAGCACACCCUGGCCUUCGCCUCCGAGCCCGUCUUGGCCAGCCUGCACAACAUUCUGACUUGGCAUGACUCGAACCCGAUCCCGCCCGGCAACCCGCUGCCGGUGAUGCCGUACCCGAUCACCCUGGGGCCGCCGCCCGCGACCCCCAACCCCCCGCAGGUGACCGCGUUCCGCCCCCCGAACGCACGCGAGUACCACUUCCUCGACAUCGAGAUACGCUACGGGCUGAUGCAGAUCAUUGAGGCGCUGCAGUACCUGCACUACACGUGCCGUCAGAUCCACCGCAACAUCUGCCCCCAGGCCAUCAUCGUCAACAAGCGCGGCACCUGGAAACUCUUCGGAUUGGAGUUCUACGAGAACAUCAUUGGACCCGACCCGACGGAGAUGAUGGCAGUGACCCCGUGGUCCAUGAAGGUGGCUAAGGUAGCCCAGCCCAACCUCGACUACCAAGCUCCGGAGAUCCAGACCAACGCUCACUGCAACAUCCUGUCGGACAUGUUCAGCCUGGGCCUCGUCAUCUGCGCCCUGUUCAACAAUGGCAAGCCGAUCAUACAAGCCUGCAACAACCCCAUGCUGUACUUGAAGCAGAUCGAAUUCCUGGAGCAGCAAGUCAACUCGGUCCUGGAGAAGAUCCCCGGACCCCUGCAGGAGGCAGUCCAGCGCCUGCUGAACCGCGACCCCCACCCCCGCCCCACCACGCAGCUGCUGCCACUCAUCAAGUACUUCAAGUGUCAGAGCGAGGUGGCUAUUCACGCCAUGCAAUUCCUGGACGUCAUCGACACCAAGGACCCUCAACUGAAGAUCAACUUCUAUCGUGUCACGCUGAUUGAGGCUCUGCCGUACAUACCGAAGAAACUGCGCUGGCAGCACGUGUGGCCGCUGCUUCAACAGGAGCUCCGCAGCACGGAGGUGCUGGCAUCGGUGCUGCAGCCCGUGCUGUGGCUCGCCAACGACUGCUCGCACGACGAGUUCUCUGGCUACGUGCUGCCAACUGUCAAAUCUUUGUUGGAAUCACCCAAAACUAUUCGAGCAACCGUCACGAUUUUCGAAAGCCUCCACAUUAUAUUGCGGAAAUGCCAGAGGAAGGAGGUCAACGGCGACAUCCUGCCAGUUCUCUUCAGGUCCAUCGAGCACGACAACAGCCAAAUACAGGUGGCAGCCCUGCUCGCAAUGCAGAACUCUUCGGACUUCAUCGACGACAAGUCGCUGCACACGAUCGUCUUGCCCAAGAUAAGGGGUGUUCUCGAGAAGAGCCAGUGCGAUGUGAAGAUUGUGAACCUGGUGCUGGCAUUCUAUGAGAAGAUUCUGAUGCGUCUGGAGCGCGGCCACAUCGUGGACAACCUGCUGCCGAGUCUGUUGUCUCUGCGGCUCAGCGACCCAGAGAUCAUUAAUAAGGUUGUCAAGCUGUACAGGACGAUGCUAGUGGAGCCCAAGUUCGGUCUCACCACCAACCUGAUGGCCACCAAGAUGAUCCCGUGCCUGGCCCCGCAGGCCGUCAACCCCGCGCUCAACUGCGACCAGUUCACUAACCUCAUGGAGAUCCUGUACGACAUGUUGGACAACAUAGACAAGGGGCAGCGCUACAAGAUGAAGCUGGAGGCGGCGGCUCACAUGUCAAGCCCAGAGCGCUACCGCAACCUGCGCCACCAGAUGAGUACCGACAACAUGGUGGCGCCGCCGUUCAAUAUCCCCAACCUGCGCGUGGACACCCGCAAGACCUCCUCGGCCGAGGACAUGGCCCGCAAGAACUCCAUGACGGCGCCACCGAGUGGCCCAGCCAGCGCCACCGGCAGCGUCACCGGCGUCUUCAAGAACAAACUCGGUCUCGGGGGGUGGCUGUUCGGCUCCAACAACUCCAACAACGACAGCAACUUCCUGCGCGUGUCGAACGUGUUCCCGAACCGGCGUCUCUCCGACAACACUCUCAUGACGCCCAAGAUCCGCAUCGCACCGUCGUGCGCCUCGUCGCCCGGAGGCACCCCCGGCGGCGCCUCGGGGCUGCCCACGCGCCGCCACUCCAGCAUCGGGCCCCAGGAGCGCCGCGGCUCCGCCGUCAACCUUUCCCCGCCCACCGGCUACCAGUACAGGGCGGGCAGGGGCGGCUCAGGGUCCAGCCUGUCCGUGCCGGCGUCGUCGCAUUGCGCCGGAGGCUCGAUGCCCAACACCUCGUCCAGCGUGCCCUUCCUGCUGACCUCGUCCAUGCAGUCCAUCCGCUCCCGGCGCCCGUCCGCCGCCGGCGGCUCGCACGGCUCGGGCAUACUGCAGCAGCUCAGCAGCGGAGUGGUAAGGCACCUUCCGGGGGGUAGCUCUAGCCCGGUCCACCACCACUACGGCCGCCACCACCACCACCAGUCCCACUGGAGCCACACCCUCCAGGGCGCCACCGCCGCCGGCUACUCGGCCAUCCAGAACACCGCCACCAUGGCCGUCAGGAAGUGCCCCUCGCUCAAUAUCACGCUCUCCCGUUGAGCGCCCGCGCCGCCGCCCGCUACGCACAGGACGCCGCUUCUUAGACGACGCAUGCUUUUCGAUUCCGUGUGCCAACAAGUUCUUUCCGUGUCGUAGUUUAUUUAGCCGGCGACUGCUCCGUGAGUUCGACCCUCGCCCGGCUCUCGCCAGCCUCGACCCGUCAGCGCGCCCGGUAGACCUCUCUCUACUGGUAGACCCUGCGUAUAGGUCCCUCGUACGUUUCGUUAUUUUAAUUUCAGUUCGGCUAAACUUUUUGUCACUUCUUUGUGGUUGCAGUUGUCUAUCCACAACUGUCUCCAAUAUGAAUAAUCGUAAUAUGUAAGUUGUUCAAUUACAUGUUCUGUGUUUAAUGAAUGUUCAAUGUAAUAGAAAUGAGUGUCUAAGAUAGUGCUUUUAAUGGAUAGUAAUUACUGGAUUUACUUAAAAUGCACUUAAGUAGUGUUUCAAGGAUAUCACUGAAAUUAAAAUAGCUAAAUCUGCGAGCCGGCACUGAGCCGCCCUAGCCCCUCGACCGCCGCUUCGAUUCAGUCUGUCUGCCGAUACGGCCAUCCCCGUCCGAUCCCUAAGUGUUAAGUAGUAGUUUUAUUAAUUAUAUCGAUGUCGUAUAUAAGUAUAUUGUUGACAAACAUAGUAGUUGGUUUUUGAUUACAAUAAAAAAGUAAUCUAUCAGGAUCACAUCUGUGAGCCUAAUCUUAUAGCUCACACAGGAAAACAAGUCUAUUAUUCUUUCAAAACAUAUUUAUAUCAGUGGUUGAGAAAUACAGAAGCGCAGGUUGGACUAUUAUGUAAUUUUGAUCGGAUUCAGAUGUCUAUCUAAGCCGAACUUUUAUGAAAAUUAACUGAAAAAGUUUAUUAUAUAUGAAAAAAUGGAAUGUAAAAUUUACCAUUAUACCUAUUAGGGAAAACGAGGUUAUGAAUAUAGGAAUGAAGACAGCAGGAUGUCGUCUGAUGGUGCUGUGAUAUGUUAUUAUAGGGAAUGCUUUAAGCAACUUUUUCUUUCAUUUGUAACAAAGUAUUUAAAAUAUUAUAAAUAAAAUCAUGUACCAUUGAAAAGUGAAUAAAUGAGGAGUGUGCCAAAAGGCCCCUAGACCACUGUAAUGUACUUUCAUGAACUAUUAAAAUCACACAAGACUAACUUAUAUCAAUUAUCAUUAAUGAUACUUCUGUCACAAAAUUGCGAAGACUGUCCUUCGUAGUUAUGUAUAUGUAUUUGAGAUAUUUACAUAUUAUGAGUAUUAUAUCGUAGGGUAGUAAAGGUUCGAAUUUCUAUUUAUAACUUAACCAUCUUUCUUUACCAAGAGGGAAUUGCUCCUUCCAGGAAUAUAAUACUAUGAAUUUCGGAUGGAAUAAGAGAUAAUGGACUAUUUUGAAUAUAAAAUGUUUUGUUCUUUGCUGAGGUCAACAAUUUAUUUUAUGUAAUGGUAAAUGUAGGUACUUAAACUUAAGUUAUUGUUUCAUGAGUUUUAUAACGGUAAGCCAUUAGGUAUACCUAGAUGUUUUAAGUUUUCUAACGAAUCAUUUCAUUGUAAUCGUUCUUAUGGUUUUGUGUAUUUUUUAUAUUCGAUUUUUAGUAGGUAAGUAUAAUAUUAUUUUUGGAAGCCUAUCAAGGGAACGCACUUUUUGUAGGAACAAGUCAUGAACAACGAUAAAAAACAAUACAUAAGUACAUAUUUUAUUUUGUAACGGAUCAUAAUAUCAAUAAUAUACAAUGAAUAUCACUUUAUUUUAUUUUCAUUACUAAAAAAGGUCUCAAUAGGUAGAGA